AUGGCAAUUCCGACACAGUUUGCAUACAGAACACUGAAGGGGAUUGGUAUCUUGGAUGCCGCACCCGUCUAUCAACCUUUGCCCGGUUUCCAGAGACCCGAAGGUAACUCUCGCUGCUGUACCUACUCGCCAUGCGGUCGGUACUUUGCUUGGGCUUCCAAUGACGGAGUGACUGUCGUUGAUGCGUUUGCCGGUCACAUCAUCACUAGCCUUCCCACACCAAACGUCUACGAAUUGGGUUUCUCCCCUCGUGGCACAUACAUCAUCACUUGGGAGAGACCUUCGAAGGAUGAGAAUGGUGAUGCGGUCAAGAAUUUGAAGAUCUGGCGCACGGUGGAGGAUGUUGCGGAGGGAGCUGAGAAGGAGGUUGUUGGGAGAUUUGUGCAAAAGUCACAAACUGGUUGGAACCUUCAGUACACUUUCGACGAGAAAUAUUGCGCCCGAAAUGUGACGAACGAGGUCCAAUUCUACGAGAGCGGCGAUUUGCGUACAGUUUGGAAUAAGCUUCGUGUAGAGGGCGUUGCGGAUUUUGCAAUUUCUCCAGGUAACAACUAUUCUGUAGCAGUUUUCAUUCCAGAGCGCAAGGGUCAACCUUCCGCCGUCAAAGUUUUCAACGUUCCACAAUUCAACGCCCCGGUUUCACAAAAGACAUUUUUCAAGGGCGACAAAGUUCAAUUGAAAUGGAAUCAAUUGGGUACAACCUUAAUCGUUCUCGCCCAGACAGAUGUUGAUAAGUCGAACAAGAGUUAUUAUGGAGAGACGACAUUAUAUGUGCUGAGCGCAAAUGGUGGAUUUGAUUCUAGAAUUACUCUUGAUAAGGAGGGGCCAAUUCAUGAUGUUUCUUGGUCACCAAACUCGAAAGAAUUUGGUGUCAUUUAUGGAUAUAUGCCAGCAAAGACAACUAUCUUUAACCAGAGAGCUGUUGCGACUCAUACAUUCCAACUUGGUCCUAGAAACACGAUUUUGUUCUCUCCCACUGGUCGAUUUGUUUUGGUUGCCGGUUUCGGAAACUUAGCCGGUCAAAUGGAUAUCUACGAUCUCGAAAAGGAUUACAAGAAGAUUUGUACAAUUGAAGGUGGAAAUCCUAGUGUUUGCGAGUGGAGUCCUGAUAGCAAGUAUAUCUUGACAGCUACAACCAGUCCUAGAUUGCGAGUUGAUAAUGGUGUUCGAUUAUGGCACGUUACAGGUGGGAUUAUGUACAACGAGGAUAUGGUCGAGUUAUACCACGUUACCUGGAGACCACAGAGCCCUGAAAGUUUCCCGGCCGGAGAUUUCUUGAAUCCAGUGCCUCAACCACACCCAUCGGCUGUCGCUUACUUGGGUACAGUCAAGACCCCAUCCAAGCCAGCAGGAGCUUAUCGUCCUCCUGGAGCACGUGGUCAAGCUACGCCAUCUCAUUUCAAGCGUGAAGAUGAAGGUGGUUCCGCUCAUUUUGUUAGCAAUGGUACAUCAAUGGUCAACACCAAUGGAUUUGGUCGAUCUCGUAGACAAGUCCCAGGUGCUGAUUUGUCCGAGAACUCUGUUCCAGGAGCCGCACCAGCCGUUCCAGGUGCCGUUGAAGACGAAAAUCUUUCCAAGGCCGCACUCAAGAACAAGAAGAAGCGCGAAGCAAAGAAAGCAAAGGAUGCCGAAGCUAAAGCGGGUGGUCUUGGUGCCGGAACUCCAGAUGCAUCAAGAGGUCCAGGUGGUGAUCGUAGCCCGGACCGAAGAGAUCGUCAACGUAGUCGCUCAAAGAGUAACAAUAUGCGCUCUCCAUCCCAAUUCAGAACUCACGGUAAUGGCGGCCCUCACAACCUUCACCAACAUCCUCACCCUCACCAAAACCAGCGUCAAAAUGGAGGUGUAUCUCUUAACGGAGCUGCAGGUACCGGUGCAGGUGGAAUGAAGAAUCUCUCAAUCAACUCAAACCAAAAACCAAUCACCCCAACUCAACAAUUCUCAACUCCAGAAUUGUCAGUUACCAGCCCAGGUGGUGAUGGUAGCCCAUCGGCUAAGAAGAAGAGGGGAUUACAAAAGAAGAUUAGAGCAAUUGAGGAUUUGGAGAUGAGGAGAGCUGGAGGAGAGAAGUUAGAGGAUACACAAGUUAAGAAGAUCGCCACCAAGGGGGCCGUUCAAGCGGAGUUGGAUGCGCUUGACAGGGAAUAG